AUGAUCUACGAGUACGCUCUUAUCUCGUCCGACAACGCCAUCCGCAUCACCCAAGGCCGCGAUCCUCAGCCGCCACCAUGGCCUAAAGCACGGCCCGCGGUCAACCUGCUGCGAACAUGCUCGCAGAUCUACCAAGAGGCGGUAGACGUAUUCUACGAAGGCAAUACUGUCUAUGUCUUCUGUGAUUUGCAGGACCGCUCGAGAUCUAUCAUCUCAGAGGAUGCUAUACCGGUUGCUGCCUUGGCACGGAUCCGUUCGCUUUUCGUUGUUCUCUGGGCUGCUCCCCUCGACUCGUAUUAUCUGGGAAACGAUGGAUGGUCUCCGGAGGAUUUCUCAAGACGCGUUAGUAUGGGGCCGUUCUCCUACCUGUGGCGGUUGCGCGACCUUCGACUGUCUCUCCUCUCACGCUACCCUAUCCGAGACCCGAUCAGCUUUGCGUCUCAGAAGCGAUUUUGUGGUGACGUACUACUUGGCUUUGUUGAGUGGGUCCCAGGUCAUUGCAAGAUCGAGUACGGCGCGAAAAGCGAUGCUGAGUUGGGCUUUGUCAAGAUCUUCGAAGAGGUUGCAACUACACCGUUCUUCGUUGAUCAAGAGCUUCCUGGCGAGAUCUGGGAAGAUCUAGCAAAGGAUUUGUGUCUUGCUCAAGGCCGACAAUGGUCGGGUACCGACUGGCAUAAUGUUGAGCAGUCGCAGCAAUCCGGGCGUCUUGAAGAAGAGAACGUUUGGUUGAACUCGUCAUAUAUUUGA